AUGUCCGUUCCUGCAGGCAAAUCGUCUGAUAAAAACAAACGCUUUCCAGUUCGUCCGCAAUCUGGGUAUCAAAGUUUGGGUAAAAUAACUACUCAACGAAUUCCACCUCCCGCCCAUUUACCAAGUUUACGUAGUGAACAUGGAUCAGGAUUUGAUGCGAAUAUACCCAUUGUACCAUCAGGUAGCCAUGGAUGGACAAAUCAAAGUGGAGGUCUACCAUCAUCACCGAAUACUACAGCAACAAAUCAAAAUGUACCAUCUACAACAACGACAACUUCGGCCAAUAUCCAAAUUCAGAAUCGUCCGACGACACCAGCAAAGUCGCAAUCAACACCGCAAGAUUCAUCGACUGCCGCCGGUGCAGCAUCGACGACAGUUGCGACAAGUACUGGCCAUCAGAUUGAGCCACCAAAUAUACCAAAUUUGCGUGACUUUCCACAUUUGUCAACGCUUGAUGGAAAAAGCAUGACAAACAGUACAAUGAGUGGAAAUAACGUUUUGAAUAAGAAACCACAAAAUGAUCAAUCUUCAUCACCGUCAUCGAAUAAUAACGUACUCACGUCGUUGACGAAUUCAAAUACAACUGGGCCUAGUUUAAGACCAGCGAAUAUAGCAUCAUGGCGUGAAGGCGGUGGACGUGCACAGCCAUUACAAAUCGACCAAAAAGAUACAUCAACAAAUGAUUUAUUAUCACGUUCACAACAAGAAUAUGCCGCAAAUAAUUUAAAUAUACAGAAUUCAUCAUCUUUAACAACACAGAACAAUCAACUUGUGGGAAAUGGACCAGCAGGUUUAUUGCCACCACAGAUGUCGCCCAGCGCACAGUUUUUGCGAAUGUAUCCACCUCAACAUCCUCAAAUGUGGGGUUAUCCACCGUAUGGUUCCUAUGGUCUACCAUUUGGUGGUCCUUCUCAGAUGUCAGUGCCAAUGCAUCGUCAACCCUUCGGUGUAUCUGCUACACAAAUGCAUCAGUAUCAAAGCCAUCAUCAGCAACAACAACAACAACAACAGACACAAAGACGUGAUCAGCAACAAAUUGACACUAGUGAUUACAAAAGCCCGAAUAUUUUACACCAAAAAGAACUUGAUGCUUUGACUAAACUAACUGACAAUGAUACGUGGGCCAAUGCACCACAAUCCGUUGAUUAUGGUGAAAAAUUACAAUUUAGUGACAGUGAAGAUAACGGGGAAACAACAAGUAAAUCGGAACAACAAACAAGACAACGGACAAAUAUUCAGCAACAACAAGCACCCUAUUACACGCAACGACAAAAUUCAGAUUCUGGUUAUUCUCAAUCGAGAUAUAACAAUAAUCGUCAAUCAAAUCA